UAGAAAAUAUAGGGAUCUAACGAAAAAGCAAAAGUUCAUGUAUGAAGCAUAAACAAUCGAGCGGAACAGAAGCGUCCGUACGAAUUCCCAAGUUCCGGACGACGAAUGGGGAACUCGCAAUCGCCUCCGGCGGACCCUCGCUUCGCUUCCGCCACCAGAGCCUUCAGUCAAAAGGAGCUCAAUGACCUUGAAAUCCUCUUCAAGUCUCUGGCCGUUCAAUCACAGAGCAACGGUCAAUACAUCUCUCCCUCCGUUUUCAAGGCAUAUUUUGGACUCAAGGGACCUCUAGGUCAGAGACUGUUCGAGUUGAUUUCUCAGCUCCGUAAAAAUGAUAAAGUCACCUUCCAAGACCUCGUUAUUGCUAAAGGAACUUAUGAGAAAGGAACUAGAGAUGAGAUUGAAGAGUUCAUUUAUCAGUUAUUGGAUGUGACAAGUGACGGCAUUGUAUCAAGGUCUGAUGUGGAGUCUGUUCUGAUUACAGUACUUGAAGAUGUAUUCUCUCUAAAAUUAUCCGAACCUGGAUCAAGUCCCCAUAAAGAAAUUGUUGAGAUAUUUCUAAAUGCUGCAACAUUUUCAAAGCAUAUUGAAGGAUCUGUUGAAAGAAGCAUGUCUGAGGGGGAUUUUCAAAGUUGGUCUAUUCUUCUUCCAUCUCUCAGGAAGCACCUCGGAAGCCUUUUGAUACCACCUGAACCAGGAAGACCUGGAUCUCAAGUUCCUCGACUAUUGCCUGGGGAGAAUAUUGAUCCCAGCAUGCUGUUGUUGAGUAAGGAAUAUGCUUGGCAUAUAGGAGGAGCCCUUUCUCAUCAAGAGCUGGAGGAUUGGAAACUUUUGUACCAUAGUUCUUUUCAUGGCUUAAGUUUCAACACUUUCUUGGGCAACAUAUCAAAUAAUGAAGGGCCAACUGUGUUGGUAAUCAAGGACACAGCAGGUGAUGUAUAUGGAGGUUAUGCUUCUCAACCUUGGGAGAGGCGCAGCAAUUUUUAUGGAGAUAUGAAGUCUUUUCUUUUUCAACUGCAUCCAAAGGCAUCUAUUUUCAGGCCUACUGGAGCAAACAAUAAUCUACAGUGGUGUGCGGUGAAUUUCACUUCAGAGGACAUCCCAAAUGGUAUUGGUUUUGGUGGAAGAGCAAAUCACUUUGGUCUGUUUAUCUCAGCAAGCUUUGAUCAGGGACACACUUUCCCCUGUACAACAUUUGGCAGCCCUUGUUUGUCUGGGACCAAUAGAGUAUGUCCAGAAGUGAUAGAAUGCUGGGGAGUUGUUCCAAAAGUAUCCGAUCAAGGAAGAAAUGAUGCCGUCAAAGGUACUGUAUUAGAGAGGUUUAAGGAAGACCGCCAAAUGCUCAACAUGGUUGGACUAGCAAAUUCAAGUGAGUGAUAAGCUGGAUUUCUAGCAUUGAGCAUUCUGUUUCUGCACAUGCAUGCUAAAUAACCAUUGGAGACGUCCAAUUUCCUUGGGCAUAAUCCUCUUUGUGUGUAUCAUUUAUCUUGUAAUUGCUUUAUAAAUACAUCAAAUUUUGUGCAUGGAACGUCCAUUUUACAGAAAUAGUUUAUAAGCCAUGGUCAACCUAA